CUCCUCACCCACCUCGACACUCACCUCGUCCACCACCUCGACACUUACCCCGUCACCCACCUCGACACUCACCUCGUCCCCCACCUCGUCACCCAACUCGACACUCACAUCGUCACCCACCUCGUCACCCACCUCGUCACCCACCUCGACACCUCGACACCCACCUCGUCACCCAACUCGACACUCACCUCGUCCCCCACCUCGUCACCCAACUCGACACUCACAUCGUCACCCACCUCGUCACCCACCUCGACACUAACCUCGUCACCCACCUCGUAAACCAACUCGACACCUCGACACCCACCUCGUCACCCAACUCGACACUCACCUCAUUCAUCUCAUCUCAUCAGCCAUCUCGACACCCACCUCGUCACCCACCUGGACAAAAGACAAACACCCCCCACCCCAAUCCACUCCUGGCCACCGACCCUCAAUCCUCACUGCUCGUUCCGCUCGUCACUCCUUCCUCGUCACCCAUCGUCGCUCUUCUCACCUCCACCUCGUCACUCCUCCUCCCGGCGAUGCCGCAAACGUCCUCGUUGAGCGGGAAGAAGCUGCAGGAACUCGCCGAGUCGCUGAGCAAACGCGUCAAGCACUUUACCCGCAAGGAAGUGGAGGAUCUGCUGGGAUUCUACACAACGCUGCUCGCCAGUUUCACGGAGAGACGGCCCAGGGCCGGCCUGGAGCGAAACCCGUUCAGGAGCAUUCUGCACAACAUGUUCAACAUGACGGACGACAUGAUCAUGGACAGAGUUUUUAGGGCGUUUGACAAGGACAACGAUGGCUACAUCAGCAGCAAAGAGUGGGUGGAAGGACUCGCAAUCUUCUUACGUGGAACGCUGGAGGAGAAGAUGAAAUAUUGCUUUGAGGUAUACGACCUUAAUGGAGAUGGGUACGUUUCACGGGAGGAGAUGUUCCACUUGCUGAAGAGCAGCUUGAUAAAGCAACCAUCUGAAGAGGACCCUGACGAAGGCAUCAAAGACCUGGUUGAAAUCACUCUGAAAAAAAUGGACCACGACCAUGACAGCAGACUCUCGUAUGCUGACUUUGAGCAGUCCGUCCGAGAAGAUAAUUUGCUACUGGAAGCAUUUGGACCGUGUCUGCCCGAUUCCAAAAGUGCACUGGCGUUUGAAACUCAAGUCUUCAAAGACAAGAGUAGCAGCUGAAGAAAGCCCCUGAGCAGAGACCCAAGCCGCUUUCUGUGCUUUUACUUCUGUACACUCAAGUAAUGUUUACAGGCAGGUGUCGACAACAAAUCAUGUAAUGACCGGCAUUUACGAAUCCCGAUAUAAUGAACCUUGUCAAUGAUUGUUUUUUUUCAAGUCUGCACACUAAAUAUUACAAAUAUUGCUGUUAAAAUGUUGACUCGUAUUUUGUCAAUAAAACAUUUGGCAAGCGAAACAUUGUUGCAAUGCAAAGUCAAGUUUGGAAUUGGAUUGCGUUCAUCGAAGUUUCUUGCUUGUAGGACAUA